AUGUUCGACCAGCGCAUGAGCACGUUGAACGCGUGGGGCGCUGACGCGCGCACCAAGAUCGCUCAGCAGUCCAAGCAGUCCACGGCCACGUGGAAGAUCGUCAACGCGCACUACAGCACGCACCACCACUUCGUCAAGUACAACGUGAAGAAGUGGUUCGGCCUGCUGCGCGGCUCAGGCGUGCACAUGUGGCCCAACGGCCACACACGGCGACUGUCGCUAGACAUCCACCUCCUCGAGAACGGCGCUGGUGGCGGUUUCCAGAAGGAUUCAGCCAGCGGCUACCCGUCGUACGCGGCAUGCGUUUCCGUACACCCAACGCUAUGA